AUGGCGAAUGAAGUGAACGUCCAUGCGAGGGUAAAGAUGGCGGGUUCAACGAUGGAGGCCACGCAAAUGAAAGUGAAGGCCGCUGUUGAUGGCAUGAUCGACGACCUGGAUCGGACUUACCUACGAGACAUGCAAAAACAAAUGUUUCUGUGUUCCGCAAAGUGUUGCGAGCAUAAGGAGAGUUCUCGUGAAAUUGUCGAAAACUGCGUAGAAAAAUGUAACGGUGGUAUGAAAAAAGCCCAACGAACCCUCGAAACGGAACUAGGAGGACUUCAGGAGCAACUUUCGCGCUGUGCAAUGACUUGUUAUGACAAACUAGUUCAAAAAUUUGGGCCUGAUGUUAAUAAAUAUACAGAAGAUCAGAUGGUUGCAUUCAAUACGCAAUUGGAUAAAUGUGUAGCCGUAUGUGCUGAUGAUCAUAUAAAAUUAAUUCCAAAAAUAAAGGAGCGAUUUGUGAACGAUGCGACGAUGACCGCUUUGGUACUUUUACUUCUACUGACCUUGACGCCCACUUGUUGGAGCAUUGGUAAGAAAGUGCCCGUGCAGUUUGGCAGGGUAUGUGGCUUUGGAGACUUCAAUGGUGAUAGAAAUACUGACGUGCUUGUACAGCGAGGGACAAACCUCACAGUUUUAUUACAGGAUGACGAGUUGCUAAACGUGCUUGAGGAAGGAGUUUUCACGAAUUCGACUUCGUUCCGCGUUGGUGACGACGUUGUUGAAUGCUCUCUUGGCGACUUUAAUGGAGACACGAAGCUCGAUGUUUUGGCUAUUGAUGUAGACGGGAACGGAUGGCAUGAUGUACUGGGGUUCUUCGAGAACGGUUCGAUGUACUGUGUGACAUUUAGUCGUGAUGGCACUGUGGCACACGAUUGCAAUUAUCUUUUCCCGACCUUUGUUAAAUUGGAUCCUUAUCCCAAAGUUCCUCACCUUUUUGUUGACAUGACAGGCGAUCAUCUUGCUGAAAUUGUUUUUAUGGAUACAACAGUUUCAAAUGGUGCGAAGUUCCUGACGCCACGAAUGUGGGGCCGUUACAAAAACGGUUGGAGAGAAACUCCCACAGCAAUCAGCCAAAUACCCGGUGAACAUCAGUUCGUUGGCGCUCCUUUGGCUGCCGAUUUCGACGCAGACGGCUUGAUAGAAUUGCUUGUGCCAAUUUGUCGAAAGGAAGAUUGCAAGCAGGUGACGGAAUUUGCUAACUGGCAGUAUAAUCGCGGAUGGAGCACGAACGCGUUCGAUUUGCAGAAUUUCACAAUCUUAUCGAUGAAGGACUCACUUGAUGCUUUCGAGUUGAGACUUCUCCAACCUCGAUGCUACACGGAAUCUUGUGGCAACUUUGGUUUGAAACAUAGAGCCUAG